AUGUCUGCUCCAGACGACACGAACCUCAAAGCCCUACUCCUUCUUUCUAAGGAGAGUCCUUUGGCACGUGCUCGCGAAAGCCUUCUCAGAGGUUUGCCUGAUGACGAACUGGCCGAGUUGGUCGCGCAAAUGAUCAGUCGAGACAAGCCGCGAGGUGAUCUAGAAGAGAUUGCACGUAUGAUGCUAGAUGUCAUUAUGAGGCGUGAUGCCCAGAAUGAUGCCCUCAUCAGUCUCGCUACGAAGAAUGACACGGCGGUUACAACAAGCGAUAGGGAGAUUAAGGCCAAUUAUACGUCAGAAACGAUAAAAAACAACAGUGCUCCGCCGUCUAGAAAGAGACCCGCUAGCAAGCAACCCCCUUCCACGGAUCAAGAGACUGCCAGUACAAAGCGUGCAAAACAUGGAGAUGGAAACAAGAAAAUUUCACUUCGUAAUCAUAACCUGGGAUUCAUGUUAGGACAAACUAAACAAGCGAUCGAAGUCGUCUACUGGGAUCCCCGUCAGAAGGACUACUCCUCACUAGCACUUGGCAACGUCCACAACCAUUUGGUCAAUGUUCUCGUUGACAGAUUUUUUAUCGAUUACCUCCCUGGUGAUAUCGAAAUCUGCGCAUCGGAGGAUUUCCUACAGUCGCAGGAGGAUUGCACUUCAACUCAAUUGCGCGUCAACAAAGUAUUCGAGAGGCUGGUAGAACGAGGUCGAGGUCGGCACUGCAUUUUAGGCGAUACCUCGACGGCGUGCGAUAUGUGCAUUAAGGGAAAAAGGCUCUGUACCCGUGUAGUCAGGGUUGGAGGAUUGAAUAAGCUUGGCUUCUUUCCUUUGCCAGAAGAUCUACGGGUUGGCCGGAAACUACAAGAACUGGAGUUCUGGGUGCAGCCUUGAAACUAUUGAAGGUCUAAAGUCUAAGGUUACGAUACGAACAUGGUUGAAACUGGCACGAUUGCCUAUCUAAUGAACAGACAAUUUAGUUACCGUUUGGAAACCAGGCACAGGGAUGCUGGCUUAAUCGCUCGAC